AUGAUCCGUCUCAACAUUUCAGACUCUGCUGCUGCCAGCUCUAACUGCAAAGCCAUCUUGAGACAGCCAAUUUUCAGGGGCUACGUGCCCGAAGCUGAGUCUUUCAUCCUAGAGUCUGAAGAUGACGACGUGGAAUCUUUGUAUCGGCCUCAGCCUCUUAGAAGUUGGAAUCUUGGGCGAGGGGUCCAGGAGAAUGACUUUGCAGUGCUGUCUAAGACGUUCUUAGCAUUUGUGAAUAUGAAGGACCAAGUCCUCAACGUAGCGGACUUCAAAGCGCACGUCAACAAUACCGUAGAAAAUUGCCAUCGUUGGGACGAGCCGUCAUGCCAAGUGAUGGUUGCCUGCGCCCUCGCCUACCUUGCAAGCCCGUUUCAAUCCGAAAUCAACUUCAACAGCACGCCCGAGUCAAAUUCGCUUGCCUGGUUCUACUUCAAUCAAGCCUUUGCAUGGUUCCAAAACCUAUUCUGGUGA